CUUUAGAGCCGAAAUCAUCAAAAUGGUAUUUAAAAAUUACAUUGCAAAAUUUACGUUAGUUUUUCUAUUCCACAAUGUGCUGAGUGAAGAUUUAAAAAGGAGCUUAACAUUUGUGAUUGAUGAUACUAUUUCCAUGUCUGAUGACAUAGAUCAAGUAAAAUCAAAAACUAUUGAGGUUUUUGAUGCAGUGCUUAAUUCGAAGGCAUCAGAAAUUGAGGACUUUGUUUUGGUCACUUUCAACGAUCCAGAUGUUGAACUACGCACAAAAACAAAAGAGGAACAAGUAUUCAGUGCAAAACUAAAUGAUAUUUCUGUUCAUGGGGGCGGUGAUUGCCCUGAGAUGUCGAUGACAGGAAUAAACUUAGGGAUUGAAGAGAGCAGGCCAUACUCACUGUUUUAUGUUUUCACUGAUGCUACCGCGAAAGACAUACUUUUGUAUGACGAGGUUCAAAGAAAGGCACUAAACAAAUUCAUACAGGUAACAUUCUUACUGACGGGAGAUUGUAAUGAUAGGAAUAGUCCUAAUUACAAUGUAUACAAGAAACUUGCUAACGUUACAGGAGGUCAGGUGUUUAAUAUCGCAAAGGAUCAAGUGCAUAAGAUAAUGAAUUUUAUAAUUGAUACAAUUAAAGAUAAGACUGUAAAACUUUACAAUUGGAACUUUCCAGCUCAUGUUGAUGAAAACAUAACAAAACAAAUUCCUUUUUCAGUUGAUACCAAAGUGCAGUCUCUUACACUGUCUCUUGUAGGUAACAAUUCACAUAUUGUUGUGAAAGAUUCUAAAGGUAAUGAAGUAAAAACAGAACUUAUUAUGGAGUCAGAGGAAACUCAUAUAAUUAAAAUAAGCCCAGCAGUUGCCGGUGAUUUCACAGCUGUAAUAGAAAGCACCGGCGAAUCAAAUCUGGAUAUUAAGGCAAUUACUCACGUAUCAUUUCAAUAUGGAUUUUUAGUAAUACCACCGACAACUGUUGAAGAUUGCAAGAAGGCUGUUUCUAGGCCCGUAGCAGGUAAAAAAAUACAUCUCACUAUAGAGUUAUCUAAUAAGGGAAAUGACGUGGAAUUACAAUCUGCCGAAAUACUGGAUUUGAAAGGAAAUUUAUUAGAAAAAAAACAGCUACGCAUAAUUAAAAAGGGAGACAACUUUUAUGUGACAGACGAAUUUAUUUCACCAAGUGACAUGUAUAGAAUCUCUGUUAAUGGCAUCGAUACAACAACAAAAGAAAACAUCAGAAGAGAUGCCACAACUGCUGUUGAGCCUUGGAAUAAAGAAAUUGAAUCUGACAGUGAAAAAGAAGUUAAGCCAAUAAUAGAGGAAUUGAAAAUCACGAACGAUGAGAAACCUCAAAAGUUAAAUAACCUGUAAUGUUAAAGGUUUUCCUGAAUCCGAUGAGGAUAAACGUCAAGUCUUUUGAAAGAAAACAAGUUGAGCAAGUUGUUAUUUGUCCUGCGUUACAAUCAUCUUAAUAGUGGAUUAAGAAAAUAUCAAUUGACGUAUCACCAUACGUCAGUAUAUUUGAAACAACGAACGAC